CGUCAGGCGGGACUUUGCGCACGGAGCUCCGGUGGGCAUUGGUUGCAGGUUACCUGCGUGAGACACAAACCUUCACCUGACAUCCACCACCACAAGUAUGGACUCAUGGACGCUACGCCUGGCACAGUUUCGCAGAACAACUUUUGAAGAUAAAAUACUUAUUAUUACUAAUUAUAGGCUAUUCCAUCGUCUAUCUACCUGUAACGUGCAUUGAUUGAUUUAACCAUUUAAUUAUAGACCAGGUAGGCUGUUUCUACACCGUGGCUAAAGUAGCGGGACUAUUUGAAGACAUAGGGUUUUAUUCAAAGAGUUCCCCCUUAAGAGUUGCUCCUCGUCUGGGUGGUGCUCAUGGGACUCCGGCAUUCUUCCCGCUGCCUGCAGCUCCGGAGGAAGAUGGCGGAGACGGACCACUCAGAGCAGGAGCCCCCUGUUGCUCCCCAGGCAAUCUCCCAGUCUGCCCAGCCCUCCACGUUGCCUAAACCAGUGCCUACUACUGCCACCACCGCCGCCCCCACUACAACCAAUCAUGUGGCCUCCAGUCCGUCCGACGACGUCUGUCCACCGUCUCCCGGUCGCGGCAAGACGGCCAAAUUCCUCAGCCCGGAGGAAAUGACAUCACGGGACUAUUACUUUGACUCCUAUGCCCACUUUGGCAUCCACGAGGAGAUGCUGAAGGACGAGGUGCGGACCCUGACCUACCGCAACGCCAUGUACCACAACAAGCACGCCUUCAAAGACAAGGUGGUCCUGGACGUGGGCAGCGGCACGGGCAUCCUGUCCAUGUUCGCCGCCAAUGCUGGCGCCAAGCACGUGUACGGGAUUGAGUGUUCAAGUAUAUCAGAAUACUCUGAGAAGAUUAUCAAGUCCAAUCAUCUACACAAUGUCAUCACCAUCUUCAAGGGGAAGGUGGAGGAGGUGGAGCUCCCCGUGGACAAGGUGGACAUCAUCAUCUCCGAGUGGAUGGGCUACUGCCUCUUCUACGAGUCCAUGCUGAACACUGUGAUCUUCGCCAGGGAUAAGUGGCUGAAACCAGGAGGGAUGAUGUUCCCGGACAGGGCAGCGCUCUACGUGGUCGCCAUUGAGGACCGGCAGUACAAAGACUUCAAGAUCCACUGGUGGGAGAACGUGUACGGUUUUGACAUGAGCUGCAUCCGUAACGUGGCGAUGAGAGAACCUCUGGUGGACGUGGUCGACCCCAAGCAGGUCGUCACCAACACCUGCCUCCUCAAGGAGGUGGACAUCUACACGGUGAAGCCCGAGGACCUGGCCUUCACCUCCGCCUUCUGCCUGCAGAUCCAGAGGAACGACUACGUCCACGCGCUGGUCACCUACUUCAACAUCGAGUUCACCAAGUGUCACAAGAAGACCGGUUUCUCCACUGCUCCGGACUCCCCCAGCACCCACUGGAAGCAGACCGUGUUCUACCUGGAGGACUACCUGACCGCCAGGAAGGGGGAGGAGAUGUUUGGCAGCAUCGCCAUCCGGCCCAACGAGAAGAACAAGCGGGACCUGGAGUUCACCCUGGAGCUAGACUUUAAAGGACAGCUAUGUGAGGCAGCUAUUUCUCAUGAUUACAAAAUGCGCUAGGGACCGACCCGACGCUAGGCUACAGCGUAAACCCAAACCCCUCCGGACAACAGAGGAGGAUCUACAGGCUCUACAAGAACCAUUCCUGUUGGCCGCCGACACUGAAGACAUCUGAUUGGCUGUUGUCCGGCCGUCAGAGGGAGCCAUUUACUUUGAGCAAUAGUUGCCAUCGACACCAACCUGAUUGCCUUGGGCAUUUCAUUGAAUGUACUAUCCUAAACUUGAUUUCUUGACAGUACUUUUUAUUUUUAUUUCAUGUUUUUGUAGUUAUUUGAGUACAUCAGUGAGAAGAUCGAUAUUUAUGAUGUGUCAAAUGUUGUGCAUUUCUCGGUCUGACGUGAAACAAGUUAUAAUUUAAACCUAAUUCCUUAUUAUUCCGUUAGGAAUUACAUAUUCAUUGUAUAUGUAGGGGGUCUAUUGUAGUUGAGUUUUUUAUCUGCAUGUGUAAUUAUUUGAGCCCCAUUGAUUUUCAAAACAAUGAAUUUGAACAAUUGAAUUUAAGAUCAUUCAUAAUUUACUCAGUGCAAGAACUAUAAGCCUCAGAAGAAGAAGAAAAAUGCAAUAUGUCUGACGUUAUUUUGAAACAUGAACGUGAAAAUGAUAAAAGGGCCAUGAAAAGAACUGUUCCAACCAAUUGUUACAAAGAAUUUAAUAGUUGUUUUUUCUAACCUGUGAUUUUAAUUCAAAAACAAAAUUUCAAUAAAUUCCGGUGGUCAUA